AUUGGCUCCGAGAUAACAGGGGGCGCUCUGUGUGAGUCGUUCUGCGGGUUCUACAGACAGCUAGCCUGCUAGCAAACAACAGAAGAUCCCAGACCACUAGCGUCAUAAUUUAACCCAACACAAAGGGGGCAAAUUGCUUCCAUCUGGCGUAUACCGAUGCAGAUGGAUGUCAGAGGUGAAUAUUGACGUGUGGAAGUGACUUCUCCUCACCCUCUCGCCCCACCUUCUGUCACGCUGGCAAUGUCAAGAGUCCCGAGUCCCCCUCCCCCUGCGGAAAUGUCCAGCGGGCCAGUGGCCGAGAGCUGGUGUUACACACAGAUCAAAGUGGUGAAGUUCUCUUACAUGUGGACCAUCAACAACUUCAGCUUCUGUCGUGAGGAGAUGGGCGAGGUCAUCAAGAGCUCCACCUUCUCUUCUGGGGCCAAUGACAAGCUGAAAUGGUGUUUGCGAGUGAAUCCAAAGGGCCUGGAUGAGGAGAGCAAAGACUAUCUGUCUCUUUACCUGCUGCUGGUCAGCUGUCCGAAGGCCGAGGUGCGCGCCAAGUUCAAAUUUUCCAUCCUCAACGCCAAGGGAGAGGAGACCAAAGCCAUGGAAAGCCAGAGAGCAUAUCGCUUUGUCCAGGGCAAAGACUGGGGCUUUAAAAAGUUCAUCCGGAGAGACUUCCUCCUAGAUGAGGCCAACGGCCUUUUACCCGAUGACAAGCUCACACUCUUCUGUGAGGUGAGUGUGGUACAGGACUCGGUCAACAUAUCUGGGCAGAACACCAUGAACAUGGUGAAGGUGCCUGACUGCCGGCUAGCAGAUGAGCUGGGGGGCCUGUGGGAGAACUCACGCUUCACAGACUGUUCCCUUUGUGUGGCUGGACAGGAGUUUCAGGCCCACAAAGCCAUCCUGGCAGCACGUUCGCCUGUAUUCAGCGCCAUGUUUGAGCACGAAAUGGAAGAGAGCAAAAAGAACCGUGUGGAGAUCAACGAUGUGGAGCCGGAGGUUUUCAAGGAGAUGAUGUGCUUCAUUUACACGGACAAGGCUCCCAACCUGGACAAGAUGGCUGACGACUUGCUGGCAGCAGCUGACAAGUAUGCUCUUGAGAGACUGAAGGUAAUGUGCGAGGACGCGCUGUGCACCAGUCUGUCUGUGGAAAAUGCAGCUGAGAUCCUCAUCCUGGCUGACCUGCACAGCGCCGACCAGCUCAAAACACAGGCCGUCGACUUCAUCAACUACCAUGCUGCAGAGGUGAUGGAGACAGCAGGUUGGAAGUCCAUGGUGGCGUCUCAUCCACACCUGGUGGCCGAAGCUUACCGCUCCCUGGCUUCAGCCCAGUGCCCUUUCCUCGGUCCCCCACGCAAGCGCCUCAAACAAUCCUAACAGCAAGACGUCUACGCUCGUGAACACCCACACAUGCAUAUACAUACAAAGACACACAGAUCCCCCCCCUCACGCAGGGACAACCUUUCCCAUGUCGUUACCUACUACACUACUUACAGCUUCCCCCGAAUCUCCCACUUCUGCCCUGUCCAAACCUGCUGUAUUUAGUCUCUUCUAAAGAUGGAGGAAAGAAAAGGAGGACGUGGAAGAGAGGGGCAGGUGGGCUUAUGAAGUGGAUGUUUGUUGUUUACAAAAAACACAACACCCCUCCCCUUUGCUCCUCGGCUCUGGUUUAGUGAAGUCCGACAUUGUGCUCUUUUCCGUGUGUUAAAGCUAAAUCCCUCAGCAUUGUUGUUAGUUCCUAUUUUGGAAUCCGUUCGGGAGGAAGGACUAAACACAACAACCCAAAAAGAGCCAACUGUCUGUGGAGGAGAAAAGGACAAGCCCCCAAACUAAUGGACACAUGGGCCUGUAAGGGACUAAAGAAGAAGUGGAAAUGGGCCUGUUAGUUAUAAACUAGAAGCCCCCGCACCCCUCCCCUCUGAGAAAGACAACCAAGGGCUAGUCAAAAAAAGCAGAUAUGGGACAAACUCAUCAUUUGUUCUCCCAAAGAAAGUUGGGAAACUAAACUUGCACUAAAGUCACAGGUCACCCCUCAUUAACCAGCAGUAAAGUAGAAAUACUGUAGGCAAGCACACAUUGAAGCAAGCUUCAUGGACUAAAGAUCCAGCUGGACCACUAAGAACAAGUUCCCUUUAAGAAAAUUGAUCAGCAAGUGACAGAAUCAACACACAUACUCCCAUAUAGAACUCUGCUUCAUCUGCGCCUUUUAAGUAGCUGGGGAAAAAGUAUAGAGGGAUACAAAAAAUAGCAAUGCACAGCUGGAUGUCAUUCUUGGGGAAAUUGUAUUUUGUGUGUGGAUAUGUCUUUGUUGCCCUUGAGAUAAAAAUAAAGAAAUAAUCCAAGGUGUCAAUGGACAAACCAACCACGAGACAAUAAAUGAAGGGGGGAGAGAGAAAUGUUGACUAAAGGAUUCCAAAUGACAUUAAGAUUUAAUCGGGCAUGUUAAUGUUUUUUAUGACCGAUUUCUUAUGUUUUUUUCCCCCUCAGAACUGUCAUUUCUAUUUUUUUCAUAGGAAUUUGUACAGAAACUAGUGUUUUUUGAAGCUGUGUAAACGAAGCAUUUUCAACCGUGUAAUUGAAAAGAAAAAACGGACAGAUGUUUUUUUUGCAGGUGUAAAGAAUAAGGGGAAAUUAAAUUGAAAUGAACACGUUUUAAUGUUCAGAAUGUGAAAGAAUUGCACACCAAGGCAAACCACAUGAAAUACAUUUGAAGUUAUAAUUUUAACCUGGGGGGAAAUUGUAAUUGAUAGAAGGAACCGUUGUUGAUUCUUUCCUGUAGAUAUUGCUGGUUAUGAGAAGUGACACUUAGUUGUUGCCAUUUUUUUGUUCCCAAAAGAUUAAACUACAACUAUUUUGUAUUGAAUGCAA